UGGUAGUACCGCCUCUGGGCCUCAGCCUCAUUAUUCCAGAGCGGAUUGUUUGUUGUCAAAAUGGAGUUCUUACUUGGAAAUCCGUACAGCACUCCCGUGGGCCAAUGCAUAGAGAGGGCCACAGAUGGAGGCCUACAGAAUGAGGACUGGACCCUCAACAUGGAGAUCUGUGAUAUAGUAAACGAGACGGACGAGGGGCCAAAAGAUGCCAUGCGGGCACUGAAGAAGAGACUUGGUGGCAACAAGAACUACAGAGAAGUGAUGCUGGCACUAACGGUAUUGGAGACAUGUGUAAAGAACUGCGGUCACAGGUUUCAUAUCCAGGUGGCCAACAGAGAUUUCAUCGAUGGUGUCUUGGUCAAAAUCAUCUCCCCCAAAAACAAUCCUCCAACCAUCGUGCAAGACAAAGUGCUGUCGCUCAUACAGGCCUGGGCUGAUGCCUUCAGGAGUAGCCCCGAUCUAACUGGUGUGGUCCACAUUUAUGAGGAACUGAAGAGGAAAGGCAUUGAGUUCCCAAUGGCAGACCUGGAUGCAUUGUCUCCCAUCCACACACCACAGAGGGUUACACCAGAGGUGGACCCAGCCAUGAUCAAGUACCUAGCCCCUGCCUCACCUGCCGCUGGGAGUCCUAAACCUAACUUAACCCCAACCCCAACCCCAACCCCAACUCUGACCCCAACCCUGACCCCUGCCUCUGCCACACCGGUCUCCCACAUGCCCAGCCCCAUCACAGCAACCCCUGAACAGAUCGCCCGGCUGCGCAGUGAGCUGGACGUAGUGAGAGGAAACACCAAAGUGAUGUCAGAGAUGCUAACGGAGAUGGUCCCUGGGCAGGAAGAUGCCUCUGACCUGGAACUGCUUCAGGAGCUGAACAGAACAUGCAGGGCUAUGCAGCAGAGAGUGGUUGAGCUGAUUUCAAGGGUCUCUAACGAAGAAGUGACCGAGGAACUGCUACAUGUCAAUGACGACCUAAACAACAUUUUCCUCCGAUAUGAGAGGUACGAGAGGUACCGGUCGGGUAGAGCCGCACAGAACAACGGGCUGAUGGAGAUGUUGAAUGAGGCCACAGAGGACAACCUGAUAGACCUGGGCCCGGGCUCCCCUGCUGUGGUCUCACCCAGGAUCAGCUCCAGCCCUCCAGCCCACUUCACCGCGGGGGCCACUGCCUCCCCAGCCCAUAACCCUACUACAGCCUCGCUAUCAUCUGCACUAGCUGUUAUUGAUGUAGCUUCAGACAGCGUGAGCAGUACUCUGUCCUCUGUACCAGGCCGCAACCAGGAUGACUUUGACAUGUUUGCCCAGACCAGGACCAGCUCUCUGGCUGAUCAGCGCAAAAAUGUAAAGUAUGAGGACCCCCAGACUCUGGGUGGCCUGGCCUCAGCUUUGGAUGUGAGACAACAGAACACAGGAGGGCUGAGGGUAAAAGGGGAUGAUAACCCAGCAGAUCAGGAGCUGCCCAUAGACAGCUGGCUUAUUACCCAAGGAAUGAUCCCCGUAUCGCAGUCCUCUGUCAUGGAUGACAUAGAGGAGUGGCUCUGUGCUGACGUGAAAGGGGAUGGUGCCGAGGAAGGGGUGACUAGUGAAGAAUUCGAUAAGUUCCUGGAGGAGCGAGCAAAGGCAACAGACUCUCUGCCAUCUCCCCCCGGAGCUAACCCUGCUCACCCUGCUCGUGCCCCUGGUGGCUCCCACAAGAAGGCCGAGCGGACAGAGGAUGCCCUCUUUGCCUUGUAGACUGUUCUCAGAGAACCUCGACCUCUCUCUUGGGGCAUCUAAAGGUCCUCGCCCUAAAUGAUUCCUCCCAAAUCCCUCCAGUACCAUUUCAUUGCUGACUGCCAGUGGUGUAGCAAGUGACAUUCACCUCCUUGUCAUUCUCUCGCCACAGUGUUGCUCUAACAUGCAGAGGUCCAACAUGUUUACUGCGCACAACUGUGUUGGGUUUUGCUAUGUAUAGAUGUAUUAAUCUGUUAGUGUGGGAUUUACUUCUCGCAGCCCUGCAUCUCAUUUGUAAUGCUUCACCAAAGGAAGACAACCUAACGUGUCUGAUGUGGUUUAAAAAUGUGGUAUAUUACUGCGAGAUUACUAGAAAACGUUCACUGCAGGUCCAUCCAUUGAAUCAGUAUGGAAGCAUACAAUUAGGAUUAUAUUGUGUUGCUUUACUACAUUCAGCUAAUUGCUAAUUUGUGCAUUUAUUGUUUUGUUCUGUACUAUGUACUAAUGUUGUGGUUAUUGUCGAUCCAUGCAAUUUUCCUUUUCUCCACAAAUACUCCAGUUAGAGCUCUAGUCAUGCUUUUAAUACUGAGAUACAUGUGGAAUGGAACAUGUUUUAUUACCCAAUUUGCCAGAAGCAGUGUGGACAAAAGACUCAUGUUAGUAGGCACAUUUUGCUAACUAGGAAUAUAAUAGUUAAAUCAUAGCUACUAUUGAUGAGUGUAUGCGAGCAUUCCUUUAACUAAAGGGAAUAAAAAGUUAAAUAUCUAAAAAGCACUAGUUAGGAUUCUCUGUUAUGUAUUUUUAAAUGGCCAAGGGGAAGGAUCGUGCCCAUGGAAUAUUACCCAUCAGUCUUUUCGCUCCUCUGAAAAGCUACGACAAAUUAGAUUCUCUUGAACGAUUGCAAACACUUUUAGCCAUUCCAAAGAAUCUUAAGGCUUUAAUGACCAACUAGCCCUGAACUUUACCUGUUGAACAAUAAUCAUGUUCACGUGUUAUGAGUAUUAAGGGAUCAUGAACAUUUUCCUUCCCCUUCUAUAUUAAUGACUGUGCACUUUGAAGCAAAAACAAAUCUUUAUUUUGUCCUUUUGUGUUUACAAGAUGGUUACUAUUUUUCUAGGGGAGGGAAAUAGUCUUUAGAUUGACUUCAUCUUGCACAUACAUUUUGUAACUGUGUAAUUCUAUUGCUUUUUCACAUAGAAGUGGAUUGGACAGUUUAAUUUAUAAUUGCUUUUAGGAAUUAUAAAAAUGACAUAGAGAUGUAACACCGAUUGAGGCAUUUAAAUGAUCAGAAUGACCUAGCGCAGGCUCCUUAAUCAACUAACAGAUAAAACAUAUAGCUAAAUAUUGCACUGUUGUAAAGGAUGUAUUCUUAUAGGUAGAUCUUCACUUACUCUAAUCUAUGUAAUCUAUAUACCUCAAAAUACAGGAAUUUUAGUUUCUGUGUCUGGUUAAAUAGUAAUAUCCAAAAGGCAGAAAUGUUUAUGUAUCAUUUGAUCCCCUGAUUGUAUUUUUAUACUUCAUAUAAAAAAGAAAAAGAAACCAAUUCGUCCAACCCUUCUCCGUUUAUCUUUUUGAGGCUAAAGCAGGCAGCAAACAAACUCAUUUGUACUUUCUUUGAUUUGUGCAGUCAAAGAUGUAUUUUCAUUAUUUAUGUAUUUUCAUUCUGGUAUGGUUCAUCUGUUCCUGUUGGAGCUGCAGCCAAGCAUUUCUGUGAUUGACUGAUUUCAGCAAAGUAGCUCUGACUGGAGUUUGUCUUUGGUGUACUUAGGAUCACACUUUGAGGCAAAAAGCAAUCCUGUCUUCAUUCCAGCUCUUUUGCCGAGGCUCGUUGCUCUGCACUUGAAUUUACUUUUGUCUUUAAGUCCAUUUAAGACCAAAAGCCUUGUCAAUCAUGGCAUCUCAACUUGUAAAAGCCUAAGUCAUGCAUCAACAUUGCUUGUCAGUAUUGGCCUUUCACAAGAGGGAAAAUAUUUACGAUUUGUUAUACUUUAACAUAAAUGCAAUGCAAUUAUUUGUGACUGCAUAAUCCGUAUGAUUACACAUUUAAAUGUAUUUUAGUUGAGGAAAAUGUAUGAUUAAUUCAUGUUGAUGUGUGGUUAUAUAGGUUUAAUAUGGUUGCCAGGUAACUGAGAUAAUGGCGUUAAAUUUACAAUCAACCAUUGUGUUUGCUUUGUAAAACUUUUACCAUGCAGGCUGAACAAAGAGGAUUACUAAAAAUGUAACAGGAGAUCCUUUGAAAGGGAACUAGUUUUUCUGUUUGUAUGUUACGUAUCUCUGGAUCUGUAACUGUAUUGUGUUACUUGCUUUUAUGAAGCUUAAUUGCAACAUGUAUUCCUCUGAUUAUCUCAAAAUGGUUAAUGAAUGUCUUUUAAUACUGAUGAAGCAGACACUAAGCUGAUGUUUUGUGGACAUGGAAAAGAGGCUUGAUUUCUGUUGGUGGGUGACCCAUGUCUGUUUGGCUGUGCUGUCUGCUGCCAUUAAUAAUGGUCAGAUUUUUGUUUGACCUAAUGCACGUAUGUAACUGCCCAAUAAAACACUAGCAAUGUGUGACCUCUACCUCA